AGAGAACGAGAUAGAGAGAGGAGGGUUCAAGUGUCAGGUUACCUGGAAUACUUUUGUUUUGUUUGGCUUUGUCAGCAGGGCUUGGUUAUUUAAAAACAGCUUUCUCUGAAUCUUCAGAGCGUCAAAACACAUCGCUACACACCAACACUCUUUAUUACAGCCCUGGGCUUUCAAAGAGGGACAAGUCAGGCACCCUUCAAGCCGGAUUCAGUUACAGUGCUGUAGAAAGAAAAGAAGGCGAGAGAGAGACUAAAUCAAACCAGGUUUUGAAGUUUAAGCCAGAGGAGAAGGAGGGUGAGAGGAAGAGGACGAAGGACAUACAGGGGACAGUGAGUUACUGGGAGUCCCACCUCCAGGGAGGGAGGGCAGUGUUUACUCUGUGCCCCGUGUUGGAUGAGGUGCAUCUAGGCCUUACCAAGACAGACAACUACAUCAUGUGGACAAUCGCCCAGGUGCCUGAGCAAAGCACUAGACCUUUGAAUCCCAGGCAGGCAGUGGUUCCAAGGCCAGGCCGCCACAGAAGACCCAUGACGGCUCCAAAGACUCAGAAAGAAAAGGCGUCUAAAAGGAAGCGACUGUUGCUGAUUGUCCUCGUAGUUGUGGUGUCACUGGGGAUACUGGCCACCGCAGCAUACUUCAUUAAGCAGUUGAUUGACAGCAAAUACUUCUUCUGUACGCGUUCGGUGAAGUUCAUCCCAAUAGACAAAGCCUGUGACGGGAAAGAUGACUGUGCUGGAGGAGAGGAUGAAAUCACUUGUGUGUCAAGGUUUACAGUCAACACUACCUUUCCAGUACGUCUCAUGUCAGAUCGGCGUGUCCUGCAGGUGUACAGUCCUGGCUCUGGUUGGCGGAGUGUGUGUAGUGACGACUGGACCCAGCAGCACACAGAAACAGCAUGUAAACAACUGGGAUACACAUAUAAACCACGCAGCACCAGUGUCCCAGUGGACGCUUUAAUAUCUUCCCUGAAAACUGGACCAUUCACAGCUAUCAGGCCUGGGACUACGACCACACCCACACAUGAGGCUACUAUUGACCGCAGUGUAUGCGGAUCCGGCUCUGUGGUAUCUUUGUCCUGUUCAGACUGUGGACAGGUGGGCUCUCAGGACCGCAUUGUCGGGGGUACAGAUGCUUUAAUUGAGAACUGGCCCUGGCAGGUUAGUCUGCAGCAGGGAGGCCAACAUAUAUGUGGAGGCUCACUGGUGUCACCGAGUUGGGUUGUCACUGCCGCCCACUGCUUUGCUGGCAGUAAAAAGGAGCUGAGUCGCUGGAGAGUGGUGUCGGGCCUGACCUACAUAAGCACAGUGGGAGGUUCCUAUGUGGACAGGAUCAUAGUGAACGGAGACUACAAUGCAGCACGAAAUGACUAUGACAUAGCACUGAUGAGACUCAGCAGCCCGAUCGGAGUGGGAGUGGGCCGUAAGCCGGUUUGUCUACCUCCUAAAGCCUUUGGCCUUCCUGCUGAAGCAUCCAUGGUUGUGACUGGCUGGGGAUACCUGCACGAAAAUGGUAAGGUUUCUCCUUCACUUCAGAAGGCCUUCAUCCCUCUGAUAGACCAGGCUAAGUGUUCCAGCCCCACAGUAUAUGGUAGUGCCAUAACCCAAAGGAUGAUCUGUGCUGGUUUCCUAGAGGGGAACGUGGAUGCCUGCCAGGGGGACAGUGGGGGUCCUUUGGUGUACUUCACCUCCUCUCAUUGGCAUCUGGUCGGAGUAGUGAGCUGGGGUGUUGGCUGUGCAAGGGAGAGAAGGCCAGGUGUCUACUGCAACGUUGAAGAGAUGCUAAACUGGAUUCAUACAGUCAUUGAGAAAAACCCCUAAGGUCCUCUAUCUUGACGAGCAGCCACCACAGGACUCCAAUCCGGUUUAUCUUGGACAGACUGUGAAACUAAAAGACCACUUUUGUUUCAAUGUGGUUGACUGACGAUGGGAGACAAAAAGAGAGAAAGGGGAAGUUGAAGAUGGAUCUCGGCAGCAACACAGAUGAAUUGUUAAACACAGCCAUAAACAAAAACACUGCACAUAUACACACACACACACACAUUUCACACAAAUUUUCAGGUGUUGUUUGUACCAUUUCAGGUUCUUAUCUCAGGGGACAAGUAUAUUUAUGUUUGUUAUCUGUCACUAGCCAGUCACGGAUGUUUUCAGCUUUUACAGUGUUGUCAUUUGACAGACCCAAUUCACUGAUUCAUGCUUUUUGUUUUAACUGUAAAGACCAGACUGGCAGACCUCAGACAUAAUGUACUUGAUUACUAUGUGUUAUGAUUUUAGGUGUGAGGGUUCAUAUGGUAAAUGGCUAUGUAAAAAAAGGUGACAGAUAGGGUAAACCUGUGCUAUAAUAAUGCCAGUAGAAGUCAGUGUGAAGCCUCAGGUUAAUAUCACCAAUAUUGUAAAAGUGAUGCCAAGUGCAGAGCAAUUAUGGUGCUAAUUCAGUUGAUCUGAUGUGUGUCUCUAUUAAAGGGAAAAUGCACCCUUUUUACAGCACAGAUGGUGUGCUUGCUUCCUACCACGGAAUGAUUUACAUGAGCACUUUACGUGGAAAGUGAGAAUACUUGACCUUACUGUAUGUGCAGAUGAUUCAAGUAACUAGUCUAAUAAUGCACUGAAGACUAUAACUCAAAUCACACUGUUGUUUAUAGUGCAAUCCGAUAUCGAGUGUGCCUUCAGAAAACUCACCAUGUAUAUUCAGAGUAUACCUGAAUAUUCAGAGUUUUUGCCUUCACAGCUAAGAAGGAUAUAAAUGUAAUUUCCUAGAAUUUAAUAGUGAGUAACAGAGUAUAUAGUAUGUAAAUUUGUAAAUAUUUGUACACUCAGGCAAAAUGCAACCGUUCCAUUUGUAGCAAAGUAAAAGAAUAAAUCAACCUGUAUUUUUUGUUUAUUAACCAUUCUCUGGUCUAUAGAGACCUACACAAAAUAAGUAUAAAUUGGCACUUCUGAAUUAUCUGAACAUAUUGUAUUAUACUGUAUAUUAUAAAAUAGUUGGACAUGAAUAGCAUUUCUUUUAAAGUUUGCAUACAGUAUGGUGAGGGCCACAGGGUGGCUAGUAACAUAUGACUGUAUAUACGGUACAUUUUGUUGAUUUUUAUAUACCUGUAAAUAGGUUGUAAAUGUAAUAAAAACAUUCUUCUUUAA